CAGUGUGCCAGCCUGCACAGUCUCAGAGCGUCCUCCACUGCGCCCUGAUUCUCUCACUCCAUUUGCAUGAAUCCGCUCUUCGGUUGAAAACGUCUCGCUAAACCUUUCUCUCUCUCUUUCUCUCUACCUGGCCUGACUGUCCGUGGAAAUGGACAAGGGAAAGGGAAUCGCCUCCUCCGGCAAGCGGAAGAAAGGAGGCGACGACGAUGACAAGACCGGCAGUGGGAUCAGGAAGAAGAGGAACCGCCAGGUCCUUCAGUUCUUCGAGGACGCAGCCGAUGUUGACGACGACGACGACGAUUCCGACUUGAGCGAUUUGAAUGAGUUGAGCGAUUUUGAUGAGGAAGAAUUCGAUGUAGAGUUGAAAGUAAAGAAGGAGCCAGGAAAAGCACAGAGCAUCCCUUUCUUUCCAAAAGAGGAGCAGAUGGAUGAGGAUGAAUUUGAUAAGAUGAUGGAGGAACGGUACAAGGAUGGUGCCGGCUUUGUCAGAUAUGCUGAUGAUCCUUUUGAGGCUAAAUUGGUGGAAAGAGAUUCUCUUUUGGCCUUAGCUACAGAUGCAACCAUCUGGAAAGUGAAAUGCAUGAUUGGGCGUGAAAGACAAUCUGCUUUCUGUCUCAUGCAAAAGUUCGUGGACUUGAAGUCUCUGGGUAACAAACUAGAGAUAAUAUCUGCAUUUUCUGUUGACCAUGUGAAGGGUUAUAUUUACAUCGAAGCUGAACGGCAAUGUGAUCUUGUUGAGGCAUGCAGCGGGCUUUCAGGAAUAUACACUUCCAGGGUGACGACAGUUCCAGCGAAUGAAGUUUCACAUUUGAUAUCUGUUCGGUGCAAAAAGAGUCAAGUAACCAAGGGCAUGUGGGCCCGAGUCAAGUCUGGGAAUUACAAAGGAGACCUGGCGCAGAUUGUUGGGGUGAACGAUGAACGCAAAAGGGCCGUGGUGAAGAUUAUACCUAGGAUUGAUGUGCAUGCUCUGGCUGAAAAAUAUGGUGGUGGAAAGGUGGCCAAGCGAACUGAUGUACCAGCUCCAAGGCUGAUAAAUUCUAACGAACUGGAGGAGUUCCGGCCUCUUAUCCAGUACAGACGUGACCGUGACACCGGCAUUAUGUUUGAGGUUCUUGAUGGGUUGAUGCUCAAGGAUGGAUUCUUAUACAAGAAAGUACCUGUGGAUUCCUUAAACUGUUGGAGUGUGAUGCCAACGAAACAGGAGUUAUUGAAGUUUGAAUCCUCCGAGAAAAAUGAUUCUGGUAACUUAGAAUGGCUUACGCAGAUUUACGGAGCUAAAAAGAAAAAACAGGUAAUUCGGAAUGAUAAAGGUGGGGAAAAGGGAGAAAGUUCGUCUGGGACUGGAAGUCAAGCAAACUUUGAGCUAUAUGAUUUUGUGUGCUUUAGACGCAAAGACUUUGGCAUUGUUGUUGGAAUGGAGAAGGAUGGUAAUUGCAAGAUUCUAAAAGAGGGAACAGAAGGACCAAGUGUGGUGAUUGUUGAACAGAAGGAAGCAAAGAUUGGCCCCUCAGAAAUGAAAUUUACAGCUUUUGAUCAGCACAAGAAGGUCAUCUCAAACAAUGAUACUGUCAGGGUCUUGGAGGGUCCAUUGAAGGACAGAGAAGGAAUUGUUAGACAAAUCUAUCGAGGAAUUGUCUUUAUAUAUGAUCAGAAUGAGACUGAAAAUGGCGGUUAUUUUUGCUCAAGAGCUCAAAUAUGUGAAAAAGUCAAGAUUCAGUCAGACAAAUUCGAGGACAAGGCUGGUGGUGAAUCCAACUUUGGAGUCUUUGGAGGUUUUGAUGAUGCCCCAUCAUCUCCAAAAUCUCCAUCGUCACCUAAAUCAUCAUUUCAAGCAAGGGAAAGCAAUUUCAACCGAGGAGAGAGGGAAGGUACAUUCUCCAUUGGUCAGAUCUUGAGGAUCAAGGUAGGACCUCUGAAGGGCUACAUUUGCCGUGUAUUGGCUGUACGUCGCUUUGAUGUUACAGUGAAACUAGAUUCAAAGCAGAAAGUUCUUUCAGUUAAAUCUGAAAAUCUUGCGGAGGUCCGUGGGAGGAGUUAUGCUGUUUCUGGCAGUGAGGAUGCAGGUGCUGAUUCUUUGAAACCUUUUGAUCCAAUUGGGGCUGAUGGUGGUUCUGGAGGUUGGACAAGUGGGGCUGGAACAUCGGGCGAUGCUGAUGGGUGGAGUCUUGGGGGUCUAUCUGCAGAGAGGAGUGCUUGGCCCAGCUUCUCUUCUCCGAAGCCUCCAACAGAGUCUGAUCUUGCUGGUCCAUCAAAUUCUAAAGAGCAAGGUACAGAAGAUGCUGCAUGGGAGAAGAAACCGACGGGUAAUCAGACUUCCUCCUGGGGUGCAGCAACUCCUGAUGACAAAGCCAUUCCAAACGCAGAUCAAGCAAGUGGCUGGGGAACCAAUGGUGAUGCUUGGGUCAAAGCCUCAACUGAUGCCGUUAGCAGUGGAGCGUCUGACAGCUGGGGUAAAUCACUUGAAAAGAAAGUGACCGCGGAUCAGAAUUCCUGGGGUGCAGCAACUCCUGAUGACAAAGCCAUUCCAAACGCAGAUCAAGCGAGUGGAUGGGGAACCAGUGAUGAUGCUUGGGUCAAAGCCUCAACUGAUGCCGGUAGCAGUGGAGCGUCUGGCAGCUGGGGUAAAUCACUUGAAAAGAAAGUGACUGCGGAUCAGAAUUCAUGGGGAGCAGCGGCACUUGAUGAAAAAAUCAUUGACAAGACCGAACAAACUUCUGGUUGGGGAAGCAGUGGAGAUGGCUUAAAAAACUCUACUGCUGAAAUAGGUCCUAGCAGUGGAGCAUCAGAUGACUGGGGUAAAGCUCUUAAAUCCAGUCAAGAUCCAAUUGAUGCCGCUUCCACCUGGGACAAAGGGAAGAGUGUUGAUGCAAACCCGACCAGCAGUUGGGGUGGUGGGAAUUCCUGGGGUAAAGCAAAAGCGGACACUGGUAAUGGAGGAUCAUUUGAGAAGAACAAGAGCUCGGAUGGAGGUGAGGGUGGCUGGAACAAUAAAGUUGCUGCAGAUGACAGCCAGCCCUCUGGUUGGGGCAACCAAAGCAGUUGGGGUAAUGCUCCUAAUUGGAACCAGAAAACGUCUGAAGUUAGUAAAGAGAAGGACAUUAGGGAGCACAGAGAAGCUUGGAAAAGUGGGGGUGUAUCGGCAAGCUGGGACAACAAAGCAGUCACCUUAAGUGACUCCCAGCCCUCUGGUUGGGGCAGCAAAAAAUGGCAGGGCAAUCCUCAAUCUGCUCAAGAUAGUGCUGGUUGGAACCAGAAAUCCUCUUAUCCUGAGGAGAAGAAAGAUGUGGCGGAGCAAAGAAAUGAUUUGAACAGUUCUGAUUUUAAUCAGAAAAGCAAUUGGAACUCCAAAUCUGGUGAUGGCUCCUCAAGCUGGGGAAAGAAGGGUGAUUUGAAUUCUGGGUCUGCUGCUGCUGGGAAUGCAGAAGACUCUAAAUGGGGUAAGAAAGCCGAGUGGAACUCUGGCUCUGGUUCUAAUGAUGCCAACCAAGGUUCCAGUUGGGGAAAGAGCAAUUUGAACUCGGUCUCUGCUGAUGCUAGUGGGAGUAAGAUAGGUGACUGGAAUUCUGGUUCUAAUGAUGCUAACAAUCAAGGGGGUUCCAGCUGGGGAAAUAAAAACUUGAAUUCUGGGUCUGCUGGUGCUGGUGGGAGUGCAGAAGACUCAGACUGGGGUAAGAAAGCUAACUGGAAUUCUAAUUCUAAUGAUGCCAACGACCAGGGGCAUGCCAGUUGGGGAACGAAGCCUGUAGAUGCUGCACCUGGCAGUGGAGACUCACCAUUGGAUAAAAAGACUGAUUGGAACUCUGGGUCCACUGAGGCAGGUGGUGGAAAUGCAGGGUCUUCUUCAUGGGUUAAAAAGGCUAACUGGGGAUCUGGUUCUAAUGGCAAUGCCAGCCAAGGGGGUUCCAGUUGGGGACAGAAGAGCAACUGGAACUCUAGUGCUGGUGAUGCAGCCGGAGGUGCAGACUCUACUUGGGGAAAUAAAAAGAGUGACUGGAAUUCUGGUUCAAUUGAUGAUGCCAACAACCAGGAUUCUUCUGGAUGGGGUGGCAGAAAGGGGGGAAGCUGGAAUUUGGGAGCUGCUGGGGGAGAGACAAACCAGGAAGAUGGCAAUGAUAACCGUGGGAACUGGAGGGGUGGUUUUGGAGGUAGAGGUGAUUCAGAUCGAGGUGGCGGCUUUAGAGGUAGAGGGGAGAGAGGAGGUUUCAGGGGUAGAGGGGACAGAGGAGGUUUCAGGGGUGGUAGAGGAGGGGAAAGAGAUGGCGGUGGGUUUGGAGGUAGAGGAGGCAGAUCUGGGAGAGGAGAGUUUGAGAGUGGAGGUGGUAAUGGUGACUCAGAGAGAGGUGGAGGGUAUGGUGGUAGAGGGAGGGGAAGAUGGGGGGAUCAAGGAGGCAGCGGCAGCAGCUGGAACGAUGGCAACAAUUCUGGUGGUGGUGGAGGAGGAUGGAAAAGUAAGAAUGAACGAGAGUUUGAGAAUGGAGGUGGCAAUGGUGACUCAGAGAGAGGAGGCUUUGGGGGCAGAGGUGCGAGAGGUGGAGGUUACGGUGGUAGAGGGAGGGGAAGGUGGGGGGAUCAGGGAGGCAGUAACAGCAGCUGGAACGAUGGCAACAAUUCUGGUGGUGGUGGUGGAGGAUGGAAAAGUAAGAAUGACGGCGAGUUUGAGAGUGGAGGUGGUAAUGGUGACUCGGAGAGAGGGGGUUUCCGUGGGAGAGGUGGAGGGUAUCGUGGUAGAGGGAGGGGAAGUUGGGGUGAUCAGGGAGGCAGUAACAGCAGCUGGAAUGAUGGCAACAAUUCUGGUGGCGGCGGUGGAGGAUGGAAAAGUAAGAAUGAAGGAGAUUUUGAGAGUCGAGGUGGUAAUGGUGACUCGGAAAGAGGAGGUUUCCGAGGCAGAGGUGGGAGAGGUGGAGGGUAUGGUGGUAGAGGCAGCUGGAAUGAUGGCAACAAUUCUGGCGGUGGAGGAUGGAAAAGUAACAAUGAAGGAGGUGGUGGCAGCGGCGGCGGAGGUUGGAACAAUAGUGGGGGUGAGGAUAAGAAGGAAUGGAAGAGCAGUUGGGGUUCUGGAAACGAAACAACUGGUGGUGGGAGUGGACAAGGAGGAGGAGGUUCUGGUUCUGCGUGGGGCCAGCCAGGAAAGGCUGAAGCUGAUAAUGGUGGUGGUGGCUGGAAAUCAGGAGGAGGUGGAAAUGGUCAAUCCAGUGGGUGGGGUGGGCAAGCAUCUGGCGGGAAUUCGUCGUCAGGUUGGGGCGCCAACAAAGAAGCAGCAGCAACUGAAGGUGGAGAUGGCGCAUGGGGGAAAAAGCCAUCAACUGGCAGCUCGUGGGGAAACAAGGAAGCGGGAAGUAAAGGAGGAGGGUGGUAAGGAAAGGAAGGUUCAGUUUGGUUCUAAUGCUCUCCUCCACCGCUAUUUUGUAAAUAAAUUCUCUAGCAGUAGCAGGUUAUCUAUCUCUAAUGUCCGAAUAGCAGCACUGCACUCUUUUGACUGACUGAUUUUGAGCUCAAAAUAGAACUCAAUUCGUGUUAUGAUGAUGAUGAUGAUGAGCCGACC